AAAAACGGACAGACCUCUUAGUAUUCAGCUGUGAUAAUGAUGUUGAUAAUAGUCCCCAAAUGCCCUGGUACGGCCGAGGGUGAGGAGACUCUGCUCUCCCGCUCGAAAUGCUCUCACAUGGCUACGCGUAUACAGCCACUGCCAAGGAAGUCCUACUUACUGCGUUCUCGCGGAUGGCUGAUAAUUACAAAAUUGAGAGGACGUCGCCUAAACCGGGUUGGUGGAUAUGAACAUAUCGACAUUUUCUGUACAUUACUUCAUUAUUAUUAUUAUUUUUAUUGUUAAUAACAUUUUUUAUAUCAUUAUUCAGAAAGCUUUAAAUAUCAUGCAAAUCGAUGAACAUUUACUUAGAAAAUGUGACUGUGCUGUUGUUGCUGCUGCUUUGAAACAAUAUUUGCUUAGUCUUCCUGAACCAUUAAUCACUUAUGAUUUCGCUGAUCAAUGGGCUGCUGCUUCUAAAAAACCGAAUUCAGCAGCGGUUAAUCUACAGUUAAUUCAUAGUUGCCUUGAAAAAAUGCCUAAGGAGUUUCGUUUAAAUUUAGGCUAUUUAAUGUGCUUCUUGCAGAAAUUGUCUAGUCAAUCAGAUAUGAAUAAAAUGACUUCUGAUAAUUUAUCAAUAGUGAUUGCACCAAACGUGUAUAGACUUUCAUACUGUUCCAUGGGUACUGGUAAUAAUAUUGCCAAUGGCAGUUCAGUACGACAAAUUGAAGACUUAGGAAAAUCUUUAGAUUUCUUACAAAGCAAUGGUCCAGGAAUUCAUUUAGUAGAUAUUCUUAUCCAAAAUGCAGAACAGUUAUUUGGUCAAGAGCAAGCCUCGUUUCGUGUAACUCAUGUUCCACCUAAUUUCGGAAUAAAAGUUUCUUCACAGUGUCCAUCUACUACGGGUUCUGUACCUUCAUUGAAGUCAUCGAAUUCCGGCACUGGUGUUUCUCAUGGAUUUGAUAGCAGUACCAUAGCGUUAAAUGAACAAUCAUCUCAGAAUGUUAACCAAUUAAUUGCUCCCAGAAAACCUGUUGGUGUUGAUCAUGAUUUUGGUGUUUCUACUUCUCAUUCAACUCAGUCUGCUAUAACUUCCAGGAUGUCAAAUUUAAGUACUACUCCUAUACUUCAACGAAAGAAAAAUGCUGCUCCAAAACCACCAGUUCUUUUAAAUCCAACGAAUUAUUCAAUAACUCAUGUGAAUAAUAAUGAUCCUGAAAAAUCAGAAAAUCCCUCUGGCACUGACAUAGAAAACAAAAAUAAUGGUGAUAGUAACAACAUUUGUUGCAGUAGUCAUUCAGAAGUAUUAAUUCAUCAUUCUCAUCAUGAAAGUCUUCCACAAAUUAUAAGUAGCUCAACCACAAACUGCACAGAAUUAACAACCAUUAAUCAUAGUCAAAAAUUGUCAUUACCAUCACAAAUGAUCACACCACCAACUAUUCAUGAAUCGAAACUGAAUAAAGAUCUACCACCUAAACGACCCCCACCACCUGAUGCUAAUUCUAAGUCGAAUAAUUCUACAUUAGAAUUAGAUACUGAUAAUGUAACUGUUAUGUAGAAUAAUCGAUUUGUGUUCAACUCUAAGUGUGCUUGUUUUUUUUCUACUCAACAGAAAUUAUUAUCCAUAUCCUCCCACUUUUUUCGAGGUUUUUUUUAAACAAUUAGAAACUGCUAAAUUUAUGAAAAUCCCUUGUAAUUGAUUAUGUUUAUAAUACUUCUAACUACUACUACUUUUGUCAUAUGUAAGUAGUAAUAGUAGUUUAUUUAUGAAUAAAAUAUGUAAUUCAUGUUCAUUUCUCCUCUUCUGUCAUUUGAUAUUAGUCACUUUUGUUUAAAAACAAAUUCUCUAUCAUGAAUUUUCUGAUACAAAUCAUUCAUGUGUUUUGUUUUGUUUGUCGAAAGAAACUAUAAUAUUCCUAUUUAUUACAAUGUUGUAAACAAUAAACAAUUUUUGUUGUUGUGGAUGAUUAUUCAUACAUAUGUAUCCAUUUGCCAACUUCAUCUAUAUUUAGCUUUAUAUUCAUCUCUAAUGUUGCAACGGCGUAAGUGGACAAUGAAUUUAUGUUUAAAUCGUCUCACUAAAUUGUUUUCAAUAUUGUUUGUUGUAUGUGUGUGUGUGUGCAUGUACACACUGCACCAAAGAUUUCAACUUCCUUCACAAACCAACUUGUUUAUUUUUGUAUACUUAGAAAAACAAAGUAUGAAAAUUAUUAAUUUUCUUCAGUGGCCUAAUACAUUCCAAGUAUAUUAUUCGGUAUUCAGGUUUACUAGUUUGUUGUAUCAGUUUGUAAUAUUGUACAAGAAAGUUGUUGUGAUUCUUGUAAGUUAAUACAACCAUAUAUAACUUGUAAUAAUAACAGUUCGAAGCAUAUGCAUAUCAAUUAUCGUAUUAAGUGACACAUUAUCUUUUGCCUGUGCAACAGGAAUCAGUAUCAACAUCACAAAUAGUCUCGUUAUAAUAUUAUCAUAUUCUUUAAUCUGUAUACACUAUAUACUAUUUUUAAAUCUGUAAUUUUAAGUUUGACUGCUUUUCUAUUUAACUUUUUGAUUCAUUUAAUGACUGUUUCACUAUUUCCUGCGUUAGCUGUCACUAUGAUCAGAUGCUUGAGCAUGAAACUUUGAUUUUUUUAUUCCUAAAUUACUUAUAUUUGUUUUCCUGUUGUUACUUUCUAAAUCGUCUUCCAUUUCCUUUACGAAAUAAGCAAAAAAUGUUAUUUUUUAAAACAACCGUUUUUUUUUUUUAAACAAGUACUAAGUAAACGCUACCACAGUAGCAAACACUGCUGCUACUGAUUACUAUUGCUAUUAUUUAGCCGAUCGUAAUUACUUUAAUUUUUGUCGUUAGCUCCUGGAAUUCCUUGCACAAUUUGUACGGAUACAAUUAAUUGAAUUUCAUUUCAUCAAUUUUUAGAUGUUAGUAGUUGUUGUUGGCGUUUAUUGUUUUUAUGGAUGAUUAUUUUGUUUGUCGAUUUGUUCAACUGAAAUUGAUUUGAAGACAUUUUAAUUAAGUCUU